CGGAGACAGAGACUCAGAGACCCCCAAACCUGCCCCAGAAACCCCCGACUGCAGCCACUCCACGGGAUCUCCACGGUGCAUGCAGCCCCCGGGACCCCCAAACUGCCACCAGGACCCCUGAACUUCAGUCAUUGAACAGGACCCCGGAGUGCAUGCAACCCCUGGGACCCCCAAACUGCGACCACCAAACUGCGACCACCGAUCAGGACCCCGGAGUGCAGUCCUCAGGGUCCAGCCAUGAAAGCUGCGCUAGACAUCAAACCCACAUUAACCAUCAUCAAGACGGAGAAAGCGGAGUAUGAGUCUUACCCCUGCUCCGACAUGGAGUGCGCCGACGUGCCCCUUCUCACCCCGAGCAGCAAGGAGAUGAUGUCACAGGCGCUCCGCGCCACCUUCAGCGGAUUCACCAAAGAGCAGCAGCGGCUGGGCAUUCCUGUCGAUCCCCGCGAGUGGACGGACGCCAACGUCAGAGACUGGGUGUCCUGGGCCGUGAACGAGUUCACCCUGAAGGGAGUGGACUUCCAGAAGUUUGGGAUGAGCGGAGCGGCGCUGUGUGCGUUGGGCAAGGAGUGCUUCCUCCAGCUGGCCCCGGACUUCGUGGGCGACAUCCUCUGGGAACACCUGGAGAUCCUGCAGAAAGACUCAAAAUCGUACCAAACCAGUGAUUUAACCCCUGCAUACCCGGAGCCAAGAUAUACCUCAGACUACUUCAUCAGUUACGGCAUCGAACAUGCGCAGUGCGUCCCCCCCUCGGAGUUCUCUGAGCCCAGCUUCAUCACGGAGUCGUACCAGACCCUGCACCCCAUCAGUUCAGAGGAACUUUUGUCUUUGAAAUACGAGACCGAAUACCCCUCCUCGCUCCUGCGCGACCCCCUGCAGCCGGACUCUCUGCAGGGCGAUUACUUCACCAUCAAACAGGAGGUCGUGUCUCCCGACAACAUGUGCGUGGGACGCAUCAGCCGAGGUAAGCUGGGUGGACAGGAGUCGUUUGAAAGCAUAGAGAGCCAUGACAGCUGCGACCGUCUCACCCAGUCCUGGGGCAGCCAAUCCUCGUACAGCAGCCUGCAGCGCGUCCCGUCCUACGACAGCUUCGACUCCGAGGACUACCCCGCGGCGCUGCCCAGCCACAAGCCCAAGGGCACCUUCAAGGACUACGUGAGAGACCGGGCCGAGCUGAACAAGGACAAGCCGGUCAUCCCGGCGGCCGCUCUGGCCGGGUACACAGGCAGCGGACCCAUCCAGCUGUGGCAGUUCCUCCUGGAGUUACUGACGGACAAAUCGUGCCAAUCAUUCAUCAGCUGGACGGGCGACGGCUGGGAGUUCAAACUCUCCGACCCGGACGAGGUUGCGAGACGCUGGGGGAAGAGGAAAAACAAACCCAAAAUGAAUUACGAGAAGCUGAGCCGCGGCCUGCGCUAUUACUACGACAAAAACAUCAUCCACAAAACCGCGGGGAAGCGCUACGUCUACCGCUUCGUCUGCGACCUGCAAAGCCUGCUGGGAUACGUGCCGGAGGAGCUUCACGCCAUGCUCGACGUUAAACCGGACACGGACGAAUAGGACCAAGUCCUGGGCCAAAGAACAGAGACGCCUACGGCCCCCGGCGCCCCUCACCGCCAUUUC